UAACGGUCAGGCCGCUCCCCCGGGCCGGCUGGCGCCAUCUUGCUGGUCGUUACUAGGGCGCGCGUUCCCCAGUGAGUCCGGAGGAGCGGAGCCCUGUGGGGAUAAGGGCGGUCCCUGGGAUCAAGAGCCCCUGGAGAUGAGCUCAGGGAGAUACAGGGGAUCAUGACUCGGAGAGAAAAUUAGGGUCAGCGAGAAAACUGUGCAGAAAUAUUAAGGCAGACAAUAACAGUCCCUCUCAGUAUGUCUGAAAAAAAAACCCAGAAAAGUUGACAAAAUGUGUUAGUCCGAUAGAGAGUGAGUCUGGAGAAUUGAUAAGGCAAAUUUAAGAGGUGGCAGGUGAAUUGAACAGGAAUUUUGCAUCCGUCUUCACUGUGCAGGAUAGAAUAACGCCUGAGCAGGAAAUAAAAAUGGGAGACAUGAACUGUGGAGGAUCGCACUUACCAGUGAUGCUGAAUGGACUGUUUGACCUGCAGGAUGCCAAACCUUGAUGGACUCCUUCCCAGAGUGACAAACACUGUGUGUACGCGUGCAGUUUGGAUUGAAGGAUCGACAUGGAACUUCAAGCUGAAAGCCGAACACUCAAGAACAACGGACAGGGAUCUCAGCGGCAGAUUAGAUGCAAACCAUUGGCACCUGGAGGUGGGGGACUGGAGGAUCUGCGCUGCAAACUGUGCGGGAAGGGUUUCCGUUGGCCCAGCCUGCUGGACACACACCUCCGUGUUCACACCGGAGACAAGCCCUUCGAGUGUGCCAUGUGCCGGAUGCGCUUCUAUACAUCCAGCGAGGUCACCAAGCACCAGCGAUUUCACACGGGUGAGAAACCCUUUGAGUGCUCGGUGUGCACAAAGCGCUUCCACACGUCCAGCAACCUCGUACAGCACCACAAAGUCCACACUGGUGAGAAGCCGCAUGAAUGUGCGAUCUGCAGCAAGCGCUUUUCCCGCUCCUGUGACCUGAGCAAACACCGGCGUAUUCACACGGGGGAGAAGCCGUUUGGCUGCGCUGUUUGUGGCAAGCGUUUCCACACGUCGAGCAACCUCAUCCAGCACAGGCAGGCCCACGCUGCGGAGAGGCCCUUCGAGUGCAGUGUGUGCGCAAAGCGAUUCUACACCUCCAGCCUCCUGACUCAGCAUCAGAAGAUUCACACCGGCGAGAAGCCGUUCGAGUGCGUGGUGUGCCAGAAACGCUUUUACCGGUCGGGCUACCUCAUUGAGCACCAGCGCACCCAUACAGCAGAGAAGAGGUUUGAGUGCUCAGUGUGCGGCAAGAGGUUUCACACAUCAAGCAACUUGAACAAGCAUGUGAAAAUCCACACUGGCGAGAAACCAUUUGAAUGCUCGCUGUGCGACAAGAGGUUUUAUACUUCCAGUAACCUGACACAGCAUCAGCAGAUCCACACAGGGGAGAAGGCUUUCAAAUGCAGUGUCUGCAAGAAGAGAUUUAAAAGUUUCAGCCAUUACAAAACUGUGGUGGUAAAAUCACAGGGUCAGUUGCUUCCCUAUCUCAGAGUCUUGAGCCUGCUGCCCCAUUGCUUCUCAUGGUUAAGUUCAGAUGCCAAGCCGAUUCGAGGGAGUUUAUCUGAAGGUCCGUUCUGACUGUCACGUCCACCACCACGAUUUGCUGUUCCUUCUCAAAGAUUAGAUCCGCAAUUCAGAGUUUUCCGGAUACAUCUUUAAUUCGAGGCUCUAUGUAUGUUAUCCACCCUUUUUUCCUAAUGUACCAAACUAGUUCUUCUGCUAACCUAUUGUGCCUUUUAACUCUCAUUUUCUUGACAUAUGGGCACCAUCCAGAAAUAUGCGCGAAAGUUUCCGAAAUGUCAUCACAUCUUCUGCAAUUCUUACUAUUAAAGGGCCUGCCAUAAGACAAAGACGCCUGCGUUGGAAAUAAAUUUGUUCGUAAUAAAGUCAAAUUAAUAACUUUUGCCGUCUUCAUAAAAUGUAAUUUUGUCAACCAGUUAUUUGAUACACUAUCAUUCUUAUAGUAGUGGACAUCUGCCCCUUGACAGGGGAGGGCCAUCCAUCGCUGUACCUCCAUCGAUCUCCAGUUCGCAUAGUUGGUACUCGCAAACUCCUCCCUCCCGUCUUCACUAUCUUCUAUGAUGGUAUCUGCUUCAUCCGAUUAUCGAUUAAUGUUUGGAUUCCAAAUCUUUUCCAUAACCCUUAAUUUGCUCAGUUUGUGCAUUCUCUCCGCCACACUAUCACCCUCAAACCGAAAUGAAACGUGUAAUAUUUUGUCGUCGGAUUUAUGUAGCAUUCCAUAUUUCCGCAUAAUUGAAAUAGGGAUGAAUGUUGACAGUCUAUUUAAUGCCAGGCCACCAUCACAGGAUUUAGCAUAAAGCACUCCAUCAGUGAUGGAUUGCGGAAGGUGUAAAAUCUCUUUCGCCGCGCUUUUAAUAAUAUUGUCUAGUUUGUUAAGAUAAUUAAUAGAAACCUCUGAUAAAACUGGAUAAUAAUAUAGCCUAGGAAUAAAAUAUGUUUUUAAAAGUUCUAUUUUUUGCACCGGUUUUAGGGGAGAUCUUUUUAAGUUCCCUAUCCAUACAUCCAAUUGGAUCUCUCAAUCUGCUUUACUUCCUCCUAUCCACUGAUCUAUUUUAGCUCCCAAAUAUUUAUCCGUGUUUCCAGGUUCAAUGAACUGUAUAAUCCCCUCAUUUAACUUCCAAUUUGUUUUAUCGUUGAAUACAAAUGUCUUGCUCCUACAAGUAAAGUAAAAUCCUUUAGUUUUCUUAAUAUUCACUUCCAUUCCUGUAUUAUUACAAAACUUUUUGACCAAUUUUAGACUGUAAACCAUAUCCUCAUAAGAUUGACUAAUUAGAGCUAUAUCAUCUGCGAACGCUAACGUUACGCAGUGACAGCUAUUCCCAUCUAAUCCUAAAAAUAUACCCUUUCGCUUCUCCUCGAUGGUACUAAUUAAUGGGUCCAUUACAAUAUUGAAAAGAAUCGGUGACAAUGCAUCACCUUGCUUUACACCUCUUAAAUUCUCAAUGUUUCCGGUUUUACAUUUAAAACCUUCCACCUGAGUAAAAUUGUUCUCAUAUAGAUUUGUAAUUAAUUUAAUAAAUAUUGACGUGAGCUGGAGUCUUUUCAAUGCUAUUAUUAGUUUAUGACCUACUGUGUCAAAAGCUUUUGCUAAGUCUACAAAAAUUACUGCUAAAUUUCUUUUGUUUUUUUUAGCACCGUUCAUAAUGUUUUCCAGGAUUUUUAUAUUCUCUUCACAUCCUGCUACACCGGUCAUAAAUCCUUUCUGCCGUUUAUUCAGAUUUAUCGCUUUACUUAACCUAUUCGCUUUUAGUAAAAAUUUUAGUAAAAAUCCUGAGCAUAAUUGGCCCUAUCGUAAUCAGCCUCCAAUUAUUUAUAUCUUUUAACUCUUCUUCGUUGCUCACUUUGGGGAUCAAGACCGUUCUACUUAUUUUUAACUGAUCUGGAAUUUUACCAGUUUUUAUCCAAAUGGUGUAUAGUCUAGGAAGUAAUGAAUUAUCCUUAUUCAAUACUUUAAUUAUUUCCCUCAGCGUUACCCUAUCAGGCCCAGCAGCGGUUUUCACGUCCAUUGCCUUUACGGCUAGAUCCAUGUCUUCCACCGUCACUGGGCCCGUCAGAGCACCACCUAAGGAUCCCUCACCUUGGCUUAUAUAUUUAGCAAAACCCCUUAAAUUAUUCUUUUAAUUUAGGUUUGUUAAUCUCUUUUUAAAAUAAUCCUCUAAUUCUUCUUUACUUAAGGGACAUUCACUCUUAAUAUCCCUGUAUUGCAACAAGUUCUGUUUUCCCUUAUCCAUGUGCUCACUGACCUACAUUGAUAGUAAAACAAAUUUAAAGACUUUUUUUUUGUAUUUUUGAUUGUGUAUUGAAAUGGGAAAGGGGCUGGUUUAAAAUCCAAGGAUUGUGGAAGGGCGACAGCAUUUUUUAAGAGCAAAUAACUUGACUCUCAAAUUGUAAGUGUCGCUGACUCAAUGUUUGCUCGUUCAGUGGGAGAAUUCCAGUUACUGAUCAACUGGGGGCUGUGUACAAAUGGAGAUUUAGUCGACAACAAAUAGCUGAUUGGUCUCUGGGCUAGUCCCAUGGCAAUGACCUUCUGCCUGCCAACAACUAUGUGAUUGGCUCCCAGGGAGCUGAACAGACGAUGGGUGUGUGCAUUUUGGGAAAAGCCAUUAGAUCUCUGUUAAAGAAAGACACUAUCUCUUUACUCUGUGGGAAAGACCAUUUCAAGCCGGUUAAAGAGAAUCAAUUUAUUUUUCUCUUGUCAGUUGCUUCAAACUGUAGAUUUAGAGCCUAGAAGAAUACAGUGCAGAACAGAUCCUUCGGCACUCAAUCUUGUGCCGACCUGUGAACUAAUCUAAGCCCAUCCCCCUACACUAUCCGAUCAUCAUCCAAGUGCUUAUCCAAGGAUUGUUUAUGUUUCCCGAAUGUGGCGGGGUUAACUACAUUGGCAGGCAGGGCAUUCCACGCCCUUACCACUCUCUGAGUAAAGAACCUGCCUCUGACAUCUGUCUUAAAUCUAUUACCCUUUAAUUUGUAGUUACCUCCCCUUGUACAAGCUGACAUCAUCCGAAGAAAAAGACUUUCACUGUGUACCCUUUAAGUAAGUAAGAGACCUUUCAAGUUUUGAACCAGCUGCCCUGUGUUAGUGAGUGAAAAACCCUGGAGAAUGUAGUUCAAGGAACAGUGUCCUAACAAACUGAGAGGAUCAAUACAGUGAACUCUGGGGAUAGGGGCCAUUGAACUGUUUUUGCCAUCUUUACCUCCAACCAUAACCUUUUUUUUGGGGUGGGUGUGUGUAGGAGAGUUACUGGAGAAAAGGGAUAGAAUUUUAACAAUAUUAGUUAUUUGUUGACAAUUCAUAAUGCAGUAUCUGCAGAUAGAUUCUAUUUAUUUGUAAUAAAUUCUAAUUCUUGUUACAUGCAGAAACCUGGUCUGUGCUUUCUGUCAACCAUGGUAUAAAAGACAAAUACAUUGGGGAAUCCUGUGUAACUUUUC